AUGACCGUUGCUGAAUUCCUGAACCGUCAGAUGCAUCUCAGGCGUCUCGAUGAAUGGGAAGAUCUGGACAUGACCAUUCCGCAAAUAAAGACGCUGGUUCUGCUGGAACGCCUUGGAUCCUUGAGGAUGGGCAGCAUCUCCAUGCAUCUCGGCAGGGCGCUUUCCGCAACCACCACUGUCGUGGACCGCUUGGUGGAGAAGAGGUUGGUGGACCGCUCGACCCACCCCGACGACAGAAGGGUCGUGCUAUGCGAAUUGACGGAGGACGGUCGAGAAGCGAUUCACCGGUUCUGGCGCAUCGGCAGUGAGCGUCUCCAGAUGGUGGUGGAUUUGCUGGACUCCGAACAGUUGGAGACCGUAGUAAGAGGACUAGAGUUGAUUCUUCAGGCGGAGCAGGAAAUUCAGCGAAAUCUUAGCUCAGAGCAAUGCAAUUCGUCAGGCAAUUGA